UUGUGGAUUGUGUUGGUUUUAGUUGGUGUUGGCGUGACAAUCGGUUUAAUAGUUGGCCUCAAAAAAGACACAUCAGACCAUGCGGUUGGAGCUGUAGCAUCCAACGGUGAGGAAUGUGCUGAAAUUGGAGGACAAAUGUUAAAAGAUGGUGGUUCUGCUAUUGAUGCCGCAAUAUCAACUCUCUUAUGUGAAGGCGUUAUAUUACCACAUAGUUUAGGUAUAGGCGGUGGAUUCGUUGCUACUAUAUAUACAAAAAAAACUGGUAAAGUAGAGACUUUAAUCGCUCGUGAAACUGCACCUGCGUCAGCUCACCAGGGAAUGUUUAUCGGCAAAGAAAUUACUGGUGCUAUUUCCGCUGCUAUACCAAGCGAAAUUUUCGGAUUUUGGGAAAUGCAUAUGAAAUAUGGCAAACUACCCUGGAAGCAAUUAUUUAAGCCUACUAUUGAUUUAUGUAAGAAAGGACAUAAGGUCUCAAAAUACUUGGCAAAUGUUUUAACUUUAAACUCUGAACGUAUUCGCAAAGAACCGUCAAUGGCCGAAAUCUUUAUAAAUCCCAGUACAAAUAACCUUUAUAAGGAAGGUGAGAUUAUGUAUCGUCCUCAAUUGGGUGAAACUCUAUCAAUAUUGGCUGAAGAAGGCCCCGAAACAAUGUAUCGUGGUGGACGUAUUGGCAAAAUGCUUGUGGAAGAUAUUCAAGAUAUGGGUGGCAUAAUUACCGAAAAGGAUUUGCAGGAUUAUGGGGUCCGUUGGGAAGAACCAAUUGUUGCUCGAUUUACUGGAGGCUAUGAAUUAUAUACGACACCUUUACCAACAAGUGGAGUGAUCUUAGCAUUUAUUUUGAAUGUAAUGGAACCUCUUUACACAAGACAUCACGACAUCUAUUGGCAACGUCUAGUUGAAACAUUUAAACAUGCCUACGGCCACCGGACAAAUUUGGGAGAUAUUCACUUUGAACCACAAGUUAGCAAGGUGUUUGAACAAUUGAUGAGUCCUGCAUUCGCAGCUGAAAUUAGAGAAUUAAUUAGAGAUGAUCACACCUUCAUUGAUAUGGCAUAUUAUGGUGCUAACUUUACAAAUGUCGAAGAUCAUGGCACAGCUAAUAUGGUUGCGUUGGCACCAAACGGCGAUGCUAUAUCUGUAACUAGUACUAUUAAUAGUCAUCUAGGUGCAAAAGUUCGUUCUCGUCAAACUGGCAUUAUUUUAAAUGAUGAAAUGGAUGAUUUCUCGACUCCCGGAAAGGUUAAUGCUUAUGGAAUACCAGCAUCGCCAGCCAAUUACAUUAAACCAGGAAAACGACCAAUGUCAUCUACUUGUCCCAGUAUAGUAUUGGAUAAACAUGGAAAUGUUCAACUGUUAGUAGGUGGUGCAGGUGGCUCCAGAAUCACCACAUCUGUAGCUCAGACAAUAUUACGUUAUUUUGUUUUUGGUGAAUCAAUUGAGAGGUCCGUAAAUUCGGAUCGGAUUCACCACCAGUUGGCACCCAUGGUAGUUGAUGUAGAACCCGCAGUACCCGAUCACACUGAAGACUAUUUAAUUAAAGUCGGUCAUGAUAUAAAUUAUUUGCCACCUAAUAGGGCAUUCUCGGCUUUGACAGCCAUUGGUUUAAAAAGUAAUUGGCCCCAACCUAUAUGUGAUCGUCGACGUGUUGGUAGCGCAGUAGUCGUUCAUCCAGCUAAAUAAUAUUGUUAAGUUUUUUAAUUAUAUUC